ACCAAAUGCAAAAGAAAUUUAUCAUGAAUUGGAUGGCUGGAAUUAUAUCAUAAACAAAAGUUGGAAUAGUAUAAUAGAUGAUCAGAGCUGGAAUAUUCAAAAAUCAGAAAUAAAAAAGGCAUUUCAAACAGCAAAUGCCGCCAUUCCGAAAUUAGUAACAUUACCACAAAGCAAUUUUCGAGACAAAUUUGUAAACAAAUUGCUUGACUUUAAAAAUCUGCCUGAACCAGUUAAUAAACAGGAUUAA